CGCGAGACUGAAGCUCCUCCAGAUCAGGAAGUCGCAGCAGCAGUACUACAAGAGAAUCGGGACACAUGCACGAACAGGCUGCAUUUAGAAGGAGACCCGAGGAAGAAGCUUCCCCUGCUCAGUGGCCAAAAUGAACAGAGUGCUCACUGCCGACGACGGCAAGCGAUGGAACUGGGGGGCUAGCGCUUUGCUCACUGCCUUCGUGAUGACCGUGCCCACGCUCGUCGUCAUCCUCCUCGGCGGGAGCACUGCUGGCGCGCCGCUGGUCUGGGUUAGGACAGCCAUGGCCGGCUUUCGGCAAGGUCCGGACGAUUUCUCCUUCCCGUACACGAGCACGAGGACAGUGCACGACAGGCUCCACGGCGGCCUCUUGGCGGCAGGAUUUGACCAGGAGGCGUGCCACAGCCGGUACCAAUCGGCCAUGUAUCGCCGGAACCCGGGCAGGCGACCUAGCGAGCACCUCGUCUCCAAGCUGCGACGGCACGAAGCCCUGCAGAGGCGGUGCGGCCCCGGGACCGCAGCCUACUCCAGCGCACUGGAGCAGCUCAAGUCCGGCAAGAACGCCGGCGCGUCCCCCGCGGAUCCGGACUGCAGGUACCUGGUGUCCAUCUCGUACCGCGGGCUUGGGAACCGGAUCCUCGCCGCGGCGUCCGCGUUCCUGUACGCGCUCCUCACCGACCGCGUCCUCCUCGUCGACUCCAGCAACGAGAUGGGCGAGCUGUUCUGCGAGCCGUUUCCCGACACGACGUGGCUGCUGCCCUGGAGGAGCUUCCCGCUGUGGAACUUCAGCUUCGACACGCAGGAGCGGUACGGCAGGAUGCGCGAGAACGGCGUGCUCAGGACGAACGACGACGUCGGCUCAUCAUCCCCGGCAGAGGUGGUGCCGCCGGCGUUCGCGUACAUCCACCUCGACUACAACCACACUGCCUACGACCAGCUCUUCUUCUGCGACGACGACCAGCGGCUGCUGUCGAGCUUCCAGUGGCUGGUGAUGAGGACGGACAGCUACAUCGCGCCGGGGCUGUUCCUCGUGGAGUCAUUCCAGGAGGAGCUGGACAUGCUUUUCCCGGAGCGUGAGGCCGUGUUCCACCACCUCGGCCGGUACCUGUUCCAUCCCACGAACCAUGUGUGGGGCCUAAUCACGCGCUACUACCGCGCGAACCUGGCGUGGGCUCAGCGCCGGGUCGGCAUCCAGGUCCGCGUCUUUCCCUGGGAGCCGGACUCUCCGGAGCUCCUCGAGAGGAUCACCAAGUGCACGCAGGAGGAGGGGAUGCUCCCGGGACUGGUGGAAACGGAAGAACCGGCAGCCGCGGCGACGACCGCGUCGGGUGCCAAGUCAAACGCCGUUCUCAUCACCUCUCUCAAGGCCUGGUACUACGAGCAGAUGAAGGGCAUGUACUGGGAGAACGCGACGGCCAACGGCGAGGUGGUGGUCGUGAACCAGCCGAGCCACGAGGAGUACCAGCACUAUGGCGUCAAGUCGCACGAGUACAAGGCCUGGGCGGAGAUCUACUUGCUAAGCCUGACGGACAUGCUGGUCACCACCGGCAAGUCGACGUUCGGCUAUGUAGCGCAGGGGCUCGCAGGGUUGAGGCCGUGGGUUCUGCUCAAACAGGCCAACGGCACGGCGGGGCACGGCUGGUGCAGCCGGGACAUGUCCCUGGAGCCGUGUUUUCACAUCGCGCCGUCCUACGACUGCAAGCGACGACAUGACUCCGGCGAGAUCGUGCCGCACGUGCGGCACUGCGAGGACGUGCCCACGGGAUUGAAGCUUGUUGACCCAAACUAAGCAUUAGAGAAUGAGCAUUGUAUUUCAAUUGUAGCCUAUUGUAUUGACAACCGUGAAGUUUUUAGGAAGAUUACCUAAUCAAAUUUAUACCUCAA